AUGCGGCCAACAACGCGACCACCACCUCCCAAGCUCUCUUCAUCAGACGCUCGAGCUCGCUUCCACCUUGCAGCUUCCAUCGGUGCCUCCACGUGCCACCAAGAGCACCAUUCUUGCUUGUCCCAGCCUGUGCUGCCACAAUCUGAAGCGCGUCACGCCGGUUCGCGACUCUCUAGCCGACUCUCGAGAUCGUCCAACUCGAGCACAUGCUCGCUCCUCUCGGCUCUCCAGCACUUCCCCCACACUCCGGAGAAUGCCAAGCUGGAUUUCAACGUACCCAAAGUCGACCAGACCAACACGCUCGCACACACUGCUGCUCAACCAACGUACUGUAGCGCAUCGGUACCUUGGCAAGACACCUGGGUCGCGUCGUCGGCUCCUUGGCAGCACUCGAGGGCAGUAUUCGCGAGCCAUGUUCCGCCCAGCCACCAAAGUGACGAUCCGACCAACACCAGUGCUGACAGAUCUCUAGUUGCUCAACAUGCUCCGUGUCGGUCAGCCUGCACCGUGCGUGCACAAACAUCGCUGACGCCUCGACUGUGUGGGCAGACGGUGCAUUCAGGAACACGUAUUUCGUUUAGCAGCACCUCGCACAGCCGUGUUGGAGUGGCGUCAGCGUUGCAGUGCGGCGAGUCUCGCGUCGCGUCGUCCGGGCUGGACCAAGCGCAGAGCAAGGCCGACGAUCGAUGCUCGGUGUUGCGUGAAUCGGGGUGGUGCGCAACUACGGCUCGCGCAGACGAUGGGGCGUGCAGCCAAUGCAGCCAACAUGCUCGCUCAGCUCUGGCUGCGCGUUUGCACAGAAUCCAUGCGCAAGACGCAUCGACAUGCGCUUGUGCUCGCAAGUCGGCAGACGUGCGCGACACUGGCGACUCGGACGAAUCCAACAUCGUCCUCGCCUCGCUCGAAUACCAGCCGCGGUGGCGCGACAAAUGCGUGCGUGUCAACACACAUGAUCGCAUCAGUGCACACAUAACCACGCUCACCAACUGGAUCGAUCGCCUCCACCGCAAACGUCGCCAUCGUCGAACGCGCUGGCGCGAGCCAUCGCCCUAG